AUGGCCUCAAUGUCAGCAUUACCUCAACCGUCACGGUCAUCUGCAACUCCAUCUACCAGCUCGUUACCACCCAUCCCCAUCUCUAAAGCACGAAAGAGCACCCCGGCUCCCGAUACCCCUCGGGCCGCCUCCCCGUACCAACUAUCUAAGCUGCGAACACCCUCAAGCCCGAAACCAUCACUCGCACGCUCUCCUCUCUCCAGCUCCAACUCAACCUCCAAUCUCAGCGCGAUCCGAUCAGCAUCCAGUGGACGUACCCCCGGUAGCCCCGAUAAAUCCUUACGUCGCACCAUCAGCAUCGCAUCCUUCCCGCAACCUCCAAAGACCGCAAGUCGGUCUUCGACCGCAUCAUCUGUCUCUGGUAUUCCGGGCACCGUCAUCUCGGCGAGUGUAAAACCCAAAAGGAGUUCGCGACUCAGUACCGGCACCACCAGCAGCUACCGAAGCUCCAAGACACCCUCAUUACUCAACGGAAGCGCCGAUGGCAAUUCCAUUUUAGCUGAUCCGCGAGAUCUCGCGAACCUCGAAGGCUCUCCGUCACAUAGCAGAAGCUCGUCCGCUCAAGGAUCAGUUUCAACCAGCGCAACGACUUUCGAGGAUACAGAUGACACAACAGGCAUGAGCAAAAGCAAUACUAAGCACAAGGAGGCCAAGGGCAACGUCCUCGUCAGUGUCCGUGUCCGGCCUGAUGCUAGUGGAGGAGACACGUCAAGAAGUCAAGGCGAAUGGUCGGUCGAUGGGCGCCAGGGUCUAAUUUCCUACCGAGGCAAAGAGGGAGGGGAUUAUUAUUUCGAUAAUGUCUUCACAACACACGAAAACAAUGCCAAAGUUUAUGACUCGGCCGCAAAGCGACUGGUCCGGCGGGUCAUGGAAGGUUAUCAUGGCACCGUGUUUGCAUACGGUAUGACGGGAACUGGCAAGACCUUCUCGAUGCAGGGAACCGCAACCUCCCCUGGUGUCAUCCCGCUAGCCAUCACCGACAUCUUCUCGUUUAUUCGCGAAACGCCCCAUCGGGAGUUCCUCCUUCGAGUCAGCUACCUGGAAAUUUACAAUGAGAAGAUUCACGACCUGCUCUCGGCCUCCGCCAAUGGAGCCAGUGCCGUAGUGCCGCAGCAAGAAGAAAUCAAACUCCGCGAGGACAGCAAACGGGGCGUUUAUGCGACGCCGCUCAAAGAGGAGAUCGUACAGAGUCCGACCCAGCUCCUCCGGGUAAUCGCGAGAGGAGAUCACGCCCGGCGAACGAGCAGUACUCAAUUCAACUCCCGUAGUUCUCGAAGUCACGCAGUCGUCCAAAUCGUCGUCGAGAGCCGAGAGCGAGUGCCCGCCGGCCUUUCGCAGGACAAGCGAUCCGGAAUCGCUCCUGGUGGUGUCCGCGUAUCCACAUUAAGCUUGAUCGAUCUUGCUGGCUCAGAGCGGGCAGCCGACGACAAAGAGCGCCGAACCGAAGGUGCCCAUAUCAACAAGAGUCUGCUCACCUUGGGCAACAUCAUCUCUAAGCUAUCGGAGAGCAAGGAUAGACAAGGCAACCCGGCGGACAAAGAUGGUCGGCACCUGCCUUAUCGUGACAGCAAGUUGACGAGACUUUUGCAGUCCGCUUUGUCUGGUGGCUCCCUUGUGAGCAUUCUUUGUACGGUCCAAAUGGUUUCUAGCGUCAAUACAAACUCCGGCGAAACACUCAACACGUUGAAGUUUGCUGCCCGAGCAAAGAACAGUAUCGUCAGUCACGCGAAGAAGGCUGAAGAAACCUAUGGCAGUGGUGGUGGAGACUCUGGAAGUCGCGUUUUGCUCGAACGUUAUCGUAUGGAGAUUCAAGCCCUUCGGGGCCAGCUCGACACGCAAGCCAAGGCCCAGGCCGAAAAAGAAAUGAAGUGGGAUGAGCAGCAAUUCGAAAAAGAAGCCCAGGCUCGACACGAGGAGCAGGUACUGGAGAUGCAGCUGGCUCGAACAGCCCUGAAAGAACGCAUUGAGCAUCUGAAUCGGUUGAUUCUCAGUUCCAAGUCCACUGGUGUGAACAGUCAUGGCAGUUUGUCCGCUGCGUUUGGUCGGCUUUCAAGAAUGUCAGCCACCGAAUCAGGAACCCGCUCGCUGCGUUCUUCGGCAAGUCAAUCUACUCUGGGGGUCGCCCCUAUGUCUAUACGGCCUAUCUCGUUCAUGUCAGUGAACAGUAACGAACCCUCGGGGCCGUUGCCCUUCCCCAGCGGAUCUUUCGGCAACGACGAGGACGAUGAUCUUGGAGAAUUUGGUGAUGGCAAAGCUAGCCUGCAGCGGCAAGUCGCUGCAUUGCAGGCGGAUUUGGGCGAUAAGAAUCGAUACAUCUCCACUCUCGAGCGUCGCUUGCUCCAAGCCAGACGUUCUAGCCACUCUCGCAUGUCGAUUGGGGUCAAAUCCGGUAAUACGACAAUUUCUGAGCACCCGGACGUGAUGGCCCUAGUUCGCGAGAAGGAUAUGGAGAUCAAUGAACUCCGAAUUCAGCUUGACGACAAGGACCGUAUGCUGGCUGCUCUUCGGUCCGCUGCACGCCACCGAGACUUGGCCGCCGUGACCAAUGAAUCACAAUCACCGGAACUGAACUCCCAAGCAGAGGCAACAAAUUCCGGUCGGAACAGUCCCCCGCAAACUAAUGGCCUAGCUGAGAGAGCUGCAAGCCCAGAGCUUGUACCGCCAAUGAGACUAGGCGAGAAAGAAGAAGACCGAAGAAAGAACAUGGACGAGGUGUCCAGAAUGCUGGAUGAAAUGAUUCAAGGUCGGGUUGGAAGUGGCCACUUCGACAAGAGUGCUAUUGGCAAUGUCCGAAUUGCAUCCAACGACAGUCGGCGCGUAUCGUCGUCGGCGGAAGUGGCGGGACUGAAUCCUACGCCUGUUCCUGUGGCCGUCGCUGCCUCUCCGUCAACGUGA